ACGUGUCGGAGGGAGCUGCAGAGAGAACAUGAGCACCGAGCUCGUGCUGACCGAGAACACUUAAACGUGCGCACAGACUCUUCGUGCUCAGUUUGUAGCCGGUAACUCGGUCACACGGUCAGGAGGAUCUCUGCAGCUCAGAGGCGCGGGAAACAGGACGACGUUUGAAGAGAAGCAACGUUCACGGCGGAGGAAGAAAGUUCUCGGUGUCUGUCCCGGGGCCUCUGUGUGUGUGUGUGUGUGUGUGUCUGAUUCUGUGUGUGUGUGUUCGCGGCUCGUUAAGUUGGUUUAUAGUUAGUUAACACUAACCAGAGGACUGCCGCGGGUUCUGGACGUCAUGGCGGACUACCUGAUCAGCGGGCAGACCGGUUACGUCCCCGACGACGGGCUGACGGGACAGCAGCUGUUCAACGGAGGAGACGGGCUCACAUACAACGACUUUCUGAUUCUCCCCGGUUACAUCGACUUCACAUCAGACCAAGUGGACCUGACGUCAGCACUCACCAAACAGAUCACCAUGAAGACGCCCUUCGUCUCCUCCCCCAUGGACACGGUCUCAGAGGCCAACAUGGCCAUCGCCAUGGCACUAACGGGCGGCAUCGGCUUCAUCCACCACAACUGCACUCCAGAGUUCCAGGCCAACGAAGUCCGCAAAGUCAAGCGUUAUGAGCAGGGCUUCAUCACAGACCCCGUGGUGAUGAGCCCCAACGAGCGCGUACGGGACGUCUUCCAGGCCAAGGCUCGCCACGGCUUUUGCGGCAUCCCCGUGACAGACAACGGCAAAAUGGGCGGGAAGCUGGUUGGCAUCAUUUCCUCGAGAGACAUCGACUUCCUGAAGGAGGAGGAGCACGACCUGCUACUGAGUGAGGUGAUGACGAAGCGAGAGGAUCUGGUCGUCGCCCCCGCUGGAGUGACGCUGAAAGAAGCCAAUGAAAUCCUCCAGAGGAGUAAGAAAGGUAAACUGCCCAUAGUGAACGAGGAGGGGUCCCUGGUGUCCAUCAUCGCUCGCACAGACCUGAAGAAGAACAGAGACUUCCCUCUGGCCUCCAAAGAUUCCCGUAAACAGCUGCUGUGUGGCGCCGCCAUCGGCACCCACAACGACGACAAGUACCGCCUGGACCUGCUGGUGCAGAGCGGCGUGGACGUGGUCGUGUUGGACUCGUCUCAGGGAAACUCAAUCUUCCAGAUCAACAUGAUCAAAUAUAUCAAAGAGAAGUACCCCCACCUACAGGUCAUCGGAGGCAACGUGGUGACUGCAGCUCAGGCCAAGAACCUGAUCGAUGCCGGAGUGGAUGGACUCAGAGUGGGGAUGGGCAGCGGCUCCAUCUGCAUCACUCAGGAAGCUCCCCUCAGUGUCCCACCAGCAAUAAAGCUCCACAGCCCCAAAACCCCAACCACUGUUACAGGAUACUGCAUGUUGGCGUGCGGCAGACCCCAGGCCACAGCCGUCUAUAAGGUGUCGGAGUACGCCCGGCGUUUCGGCGUCCCGGUCAUCGCUGACGGCGGCAUCCAGACUGUCGGACACAUCGCCAAAGCCCUGGCACUGGGAGCCUCCACAGUGAUGAUGGGCUCUCUGCUGGCCGCCACCAGUGAAGCUCCUGGUGAAUAUUUCUUCUCUGACGGCAUCAGGCUGAAGAAGUACCGCGGCAUGGGCUCCCUGGACGCCAUGGACAAAAACCUGGGCUCCCAGACCAGAUACUUCAGUGAGAGUGAUAAGAUUAAAGUUGCUCAGGGUGUUUCUGGAGCGGUGCAGGACAAAGGCUCCAUCCACAAGUUUGUUCCCUACCUGCUCGCUGGGAUCCAGCACUCCUGUCAGGACAUCGGAGCCAAGAGCCUCACACAGCUGAGAGCCAUGAUGUACUCUGGAGAUCUGAAGUUUGAGAAGAGAACAACAUCGGCUCAGAUGGAAGGCGGAGUCCACAGCCUGCACAGUUAUGAGAAACGUCUGUUUUGAGAGGAAGCUGCUGUUCAGCCUGCAGACGAGGAAUCCUUCCAACACACAUUAUGCAAACACACACACACACACACACUACUUACCAGACCUUCUCAUAUUCAUGCACUAACUCACUUCUCAUACAAACAAGUCCUUGAAGGUGAAGUGUAAACACACACACACACACACACACACACACACACACACACACACACACACACACACACACUCCACUCUUCCAAGGAUCCAUCAGUCUUCCUGCCAGUGUCAUCUAUGCAUCGUCAGUGUUCAGUGUAACUGUUUGUGUGUGAAGGAGGGAGCUAAGCAUUUAUGGGUGUUGACCGGCACAGGUGUGACUGUGCUCUGAUGAAGCCUGUCAUGUUGUAUCAGUGAUCUCCAGUAAACUGGUGUGUUCAAGGCAAAAAAAUGUCGUCCAAGAAUAAAGCUCAUGUUUUUCCACAA